AUGGCUGCGCCGACGACGGCGUCGGAGCUGCUGGACGUGGAGGAGGUGAACCACUCGACGUUGGCUGCGUACGCCCAGCAGCUGCAGAGCUGCCUGCAAUGGGACCCUCUACACGGCGUGGAAGGCGAGGAGAAGCUGCUGUUCGUCGAGGCGUUGACCGAGAUUGCAGCCAUGCCGCUGGACAGUAUCAGCAUGGAGAUCAGGCGGCUCCUGCAGUUGCACUUGCGCAACUUAAUUUCCGCCCUGAGCGCUCGAGACGUGCAGCUCAAGUGCAAGGCGGCGAACGCAGUGGGGUCCCUGUGCAUCUCGAGGGUGGCAGGUCAGCAGCUGCUGGAUCUGUAUGGGGACCAGGUUCUGAAGAAUGUAGCCAAGAUGGCCACGUGCAAGAACCAGUGGGCGCAGGGCGACGCGUUCUUCGUGUUGGGCUGGAUGGUAGUCAUCGCUGAUGAAGAGACGCUGGGGGCCAUUGCCAAGCUGCUACCAACAGUGAUCAAGUGUCUGCAUCGCAACAACGAGAGGAGAGAUGCUGCUGCGAGACGGUCGAGGGAGGCGUUGGCGUCGUCUGAGCAGGCCUCGAACUUCAGAGUCUACGCGUUGGUUCUGCUCUUAAACUUCAGUCAGCGGUAUGUGGACGUGUUCGAAGAUCUACUGGAGAAGGUGCUGCCGAUGCUGAGAGACCUGGUAUACGCUGAGAUUCUGCGGUUGGCAAUUACGCUGCUGAGUGUGCUGGUCGACCAGAUUGAGACUGCCGCCUCUCAACUUUUAGAGCUCAAGAUGCUGCCUUCGCUGCUGAAACUCAAGCGAGUUCUCGAAACCCCCGAAGUCACAGAACUCGUCGGCGAAGCUGGCAUCCUGGACAUCACAGAAAGACUUGAAGCAGCCAUUGAAACUCUCGUCAACUGCAGAUAG